UAAAAUAUUUGGUGGGCAUUGUUUGGUGCCUUUAUUUUUCUCCGUGAAAAAGAAGUAAUAAUAGGCGGAAGAGAAGUAUGUAACGUGGAAGCGUGGACGAGUCUCUGCAACAAUAAUGGACCGAUUAUAAAGAAAACAAAACCAAAGCGACGACGAUUUUACCAAUGACCGACGCAAUCCUUUGAAUUGAAAUUAUGUUAUUACUUCCAAUGUCACCUUCUUCCUCGCUCACCAGCCUUGUAUUCGCCAGGAAACUGCUACGAACUCAAAAUUGGAACUUACCAACAACAGAAGGGAGAUUCAUAUCAUUCAAGGCUUGUGUGAGGUUCGUUCAAACAUCGUGUCGAAUCUCUGCACCCGGAACCUUCCCAAUUGUAAACGAUGAAAAACACCACUCUAAUAAUGUCAUAAGGGAUAGGAAGGUGGUUCCUGAUGCAGAUCCUCCUAGUGCCAAAGAUGUUGAGCUUUUGUAUCAAUUUUUUGAAAAAAGUACCAAGCUCAUGGUAUUGACUGGUGCUGGAAUCAGUACAGAGUGUGGUAUCCCUGACUAUAGAAGCCCUAAUGGCGCUUAUAGUUCUGGUUUCAGACCAAUAACGCACCAGGAGUUUCUUCGUUCAAGCCGAGCCAGGAGGAGAUAUUGGGCUAGGAGCUAUGCUGGGUGGAGAAAAUUUACUGCGUCACAGCCAUCUGCUGCGCAUCGAGCUUUGGCAACAUUCGAGAAAGCUGGCCGAAUUGAUUUUAUGAUUACCCAAAAUGUUGAUAGGCUGCAUCAUAGAGCUGGUAGCAACCCAUUAGAAUUACAUGGGACUGUAUACACUGUAAUUUGUUUAGAUUGUGGAUAUUCCCUUUGCCGAAGCUUAUUUCAGGACCAAUUGAAGGUCCUCAAUCCAAAGUGGGCAGAAGCAAUUGAUAGUUUGGACCAUGGAAACCCUGGGUCAGACAAAAGCUUUGGAAUGAAACAAAGACCGGAUGGUGAUAUUGAGAUUGACGAAAAGUUUUGGGAGGAGGAUUUUAUCAUACCAACCUGCCAGAAGUGCAAUGGUGUUCUCAAACCUGAUGUUGUCUUUUUCGGUGAUAAUGUUCCAAAGGAUAGAGCUGAUAUGGCAAUGGAAGCAUCUAGAAGUUGUGAUGCUUUUCUUGUCCUAGGUUCGUCUGUGAUGACCAUGUCUGCUUUUCGACUUGUCAGGGCAGCUCAUGAGGCAGGAGCAGCAACUGCAAUUGUCAAUGUAGGUCUGACCCGUGCUGAUGGUUUUGUGCCCUUGAAAAUCAAUGCACGGCUGGGUGAGAUACUGCCAAGGGUACUUGACAUGGGAUCCAUCAGCGUACCUGUUGUGCAAUGAUAAUGGAUCACAAGAUGUACAUAAUUAAGCUGUAUUGUCCACUCUCCCUUCUUAAUCCUCAUGUUGUUCAUGUAGUGCUUAUUGAGUGUGUGCCAAAUUGCAACCAUAAUCACCUUCAAAUGAGAAUGUAUUGGUGAAGGAAUGUUAACUUCAAUAUUCAUGAAGUGGUGCUUUCAGAGUCUGUAAAACGAUGCAAGUUUUCAGAAAUAAUAGCUGCUGGAGAUUGUGCUUGUUGGUGCCGUUUUCAUUCAUUAAAUAACUUCUACUCAUUUGAUUAACAGAUAUUGCAUUAUCAUUAUUGACCCAAAAAGUUGCUCUAGAUUAAGUAAAUUGUAUUUUAUCUUAUUAUUUGUCUCUUCUGUGAUUGUAACUGAAUGAAGAAUUUGGUUUACAUGAAAAUAAAGUAAUUGAUAUUCAUCUUC